UCGAUUUACACCAAAUUCCUAUAUCACGUAACGUGGUUUAUCGUUUUGUGGAUUUUAGGGUAUUCCCCGCAUUUCAACGGCAUUAAAUGCACAAUACCAUUCCAUUGAUUUUCAGUUUGCACAAAACAAAAAUAGAAAUCUUCACCGGAUUGUACCGUAGUAAAAUCAAGACGUUAGAUCUUCAAACGACCACAUGUUUCCUCUAACAAGCAGAAUAAAGACGUUUCAGAGCCAACAUCUUUGGUUGGUGAUCUUCAUUGCUCUUGUUGUUCCUGAAGUACCACCAUCGACAGCUCAAGAUUUGAUGACGUCUAAUCAGUGCUUUGGAAUAUCCAGAGGUAAACAGUUUACCAUAGCAUUCAUCGAAAACACAAAUCAAAAUUCUGCAAGUAGACGACUCUUCAUUUUAGUGGUAGCAUUUAGUGACCAAAAAACUGAAGUCACCAUUAGCAGCAAGCACCAAGAAGCUGGCAAGCCAUUCCAAGAGUCUUUCGUGAUUGAGGCUCGUGGUUUUAAGCGAACAAACAUUCCUUCUGCAUAUAUGAUGUCUGGUACAGGGAGAAGCUUAAAAGCAAUCAAGGUUUCAGCCUCUAGCGACGUGUCUGUCUACGGUCUAAUGUAUCAAGAUUUUACAACGGACGGCUAUCUCGGCAUACCAACAAACAAUCUCGGUACUCAGUACGUAGUGGUGACGUUUCGUAGAGCAUCACAAUUUGCAAUAAUUGGGACUCAGGAUUCUACGACAGUUCAUGUUACCUUACGCGACACCGUUUCGUUUGGAGAUCAAACCUACAAUCAAGGUGACGUGUUGACGUUUAUGGUGAAUGAGUUAGAAGUGGUUCAGAUCCGGAGUACAAAUGACUUAACGGGAAGCAUUGUUCAAAGUGACAAGCCUGUGGCAGUAUUUAGCGGCAACGAGUGCGUAAAUACACCAGGUUCAGCCUGUGACACACUGACUGAGCAGUUGGUACCCAUUAAUAGUUGGGGACAGAAACACAUAUACACUUCAUCUCAAAACAGCGACAGUAAUAUUUAUCGAAUUAUUGCCUUUUUCAGUGGUACAAACGUUACCAUUCCUGGAGUUCCAAAUCAGCUUCUAGACUCAGGUGAAUUUUGGGAAGGAAGUUUGCAUAGUUCAGGUCUCGUUUCGUCAAGCAAACCUACACUGAUGAUGCAGCUGUUAGCGUCUGUCAACGGUCGAACAGUUGACCCUUCUUUGAUACAUAUUCCAUCUGAGGAACAAUUUGGAUAUGUGUUUGGGUUCACAACUCCUCCACAUUCGGGAGGGGACUCUGGAGGUUAUUUUAAUUUUAUCAACAUUGUCACCAAAAGAGACGCUCGUCAGACAGUGCAUCUUAAUGGUUUCCCAAUCAAUGCUACAGAUAUUCGCGAAAGUAAUGUCUCCGGUACCAUAUAUUCAUUAAUUACCGUACAGCUACCUAAAGGAGAAGGAGUUUACUAUGUUGAACAAACUGAUCCACUUUCAUCACCAUUAUCUGUCAUUGUCUAUGGAUACGAAAAUUCUGAAUCAUAUGGGUAUGCAGCUGGGUUGUCUCUUCCAAACAAUAAACAGCUCCUGAGUUUCACACCAUACUAUUUCCGAGAGCUUGGUGGAGAAAUUCUUACAAUUACUGUGCCCUGUCUUGAAACGAACACCAUAGCUUAUCAAAGUGCAAUGUGCAAAUUUAACACUGGUAUUGGGGAUGUCCUUGUGUUCGCAGACCGCGUUGAUCCCUAUAUUGUCAGCUGCAUCACUCCGACUUUCUACAAGAAUGGACUUACGAACGUGUCUGUCUCACUUGAUGAUGGCAACACAUUCCCGUACACUGGCAUUGUCUACGUAGCAUCGCAAGAAGACUUGGAGCCUCUUCUGACUGUUACACAGGCAAAUUGGGAAGAAAGAGGCGAGAUUAUCGAUCUCACAGUGCACGAUCCCAUUAUUUUAUCAUGGGAUCCUGAAAUCAUGGGUGAAGACGUAAUGGAAGUUGAUGUCAUGAUACAAUACUCGGACAUUAACAACAACGGCUUUCCAGUUUUGAUGGAAGAUAUCACUGUUAUAAAAAUGGCCCCAAACAACGGUAGCGUCAUCAUCUCUACAGCUCUUCUAAUUUCACGUCUUGGUAAUGCAAUAAAAAGGGGAUUAGACUUGUCGAGUGCAGCAUUUCACAUAAAACGUGUCGAGAAAGAACGUGUCGGGAAAUCUAUCUUACGCGGCGUCACUUGGUUGGUGAAAAGAUAUACGAGACACCUACUAAUUAAAUUAGUUAGUCAUGUUCUUUGUAUAGCUUCCACCAAGAUACUAAGUGUUCCAAAUGACGUUCCCGCCUGUCCAUGUACUUCAACUCAGGCUAAUGCGGAUUCUAACUUCGUAAAUGCAAAUUUUCUGAAUUUUUUCUUUCAUAAAGGAGCUGAGGACUGCUUCAGAUCAACAACAUCAACCCAAGCAGGCUCUGGCCAACAGUGCUGUUAUGGAAAAGAUGGUAACAUCUUAGUCGGACCCCCGGGUGGAGGAACUGCUGACAGAUACAGUCCAGCGGAUCAUUUCUGGCUCCAUCAAGCGUAUGAUGUGCUUCCGUAUAUUGCCUGCUGCAAAUUAUCAAACAACUGCGACAAAUACUAUAAAAAACGGCCAUCAGAUGAUUGCUCGGAUUAUGAUCCACCUAGACCAGCAGCAGGUACGGGAGACCCUCACGUAACAACUCUUGAUGGUAAGAAAGUCACUUUCAACGGAGCUGGGGAAUUCCUGAUGGCGUCUAACUUUAACAAAGACAUGAUGUUAGCAGAUGUAAUCAUCACAUUCUGCGAGGAAGCCGGAGACAUACUACAAAACUUAAGUAUGCUUACAGAUGACAGUAGGGUAAUCAAAAUGCGAUACUCUUAUUCAGAAGAGCAAGAUGGAUAUGGAGACGACUGA